GUAGCGCCUCCCACCUUCUAUCAAACACUCAGACCAUGAUUCUCUCUUUCAAGUAUACGUGGCUUGUAACCAUGGCAGCCCUUAUGGUUGUAAGCCAAUGUCAGAACCUGAUUGGCUAUGGCUACGGAGGUGCUCAUAGCAUUGGACAUGGUCUUUACGGAGGCUAUGGUAGUCUGCACCGUGGAUAUGGUGGCUACAGAAGCGGCUAUGGAGGCGGAUUCCUUGGGAGAAGACAUGGAGUCGGCUACGGUGGGUACAACGGGUACAGCGGGUACAGCGGGUACGGCGGCCACGGCGGCUACGGAAGUGCCAGGAGCUCCGUUUCAUUUAACCUGGGUGGACCUCGUGGUUACUACGGUGGUCAUUAUGGGUAUGGAAAAUGAGUCAAGCGUAUGGUACUGAAUCCAAUGAGUUUGUGUAAUGGAGUUCUUAUGAAAUAAAGUAUUCUCUUGUA